AUGAAAAUACGUCUUCUUAUACUAAUUAACACAGCGGAUGUUGUCAAAUUUCUCGAAUUAAAUCCGACAGCAUCUUUAUUCGAUUGUCUUUGUCAAUUAGCUGCUUGUGAUGACAAUGGAACAGUGUCAUCAUUUAUUGGUGAUUAUAUUGUGAAUGGUCAUACUUUGAUUCUUCUCGAUGGACUUGAUGUUAUAAGUGAUCUACAAACACAAAAACGUGUUAUUAUGCUUAUUAAUCAAUUUAUAAAAUCGGUUUUCAACGACAAUCCAUUAGUUAUUACUAGUUGCUCUAGUCAAGCAUUACUAGAAUUAUGA